CCCCAUUUAGUGUGUUCGCGACCGUACUUCUCCGCCGUUGACACUUAGAUCGAUACACCAACUUGUAUCCCCUAUCACCCCUCCCCAAAAAAAUCCCUUUGACAACCACACGACGAAAGCGAACCACUACGUAGCGUCCAAGCCAUACACACUACCAGUCAUAGCGGGAUUGAAAAAGAGUAAAAGAACAGAACCACGCCAAGAUGCCUUCUGUUCUCGGUUUGACCACCGAUCCUUCCCCUCAUGGGCCCGGCGCCGAGCAGCGCCAGAAGAAGAAGAAGCCCCAGUUGCAGGGCGCCGCCGAAGACGUCGACAACAAGCAACUAGCCCGCCGCGAAAAGCCCAACGGCGAACGGAAAGCCUCGUCGUCGCAGUCCCCCCCGGCCCCCGAGGAGAAGAAGAAGAGCAACAAGAACAAGAAGAAGAAGAAGGAAAAGAAGGAGAAGACAGGCACGCAGAUGCGCCACUACUCGUCCGACGAGGAGGAGUCUUCGGACGAAGAGGGCCCCCUCAACACCAUCAAGCUGCGCAACCACGCCAAGGCCAUCGAGAUGGAGACGCUGCUCUGGGGCGCCCUCUGCCACAAGCCCAAAAGCGCCCUCAAGUACAUUGGUAAGGGCGCCAUCAUGUGCAACCCCAUCGUCUUUGGCGACACCGAGGUCUACUCGGAGCGCUCCGAGCCCACUUUGAAGGAGAUGCUGAAGGAGCACGCCGACCCGCCCCUGAGCUUCAAGAUGCACAAACCCCACGUCUGCGAGGUCGGCCUGAUGGCCAUGUCCAUCUGCUGCGACGUCACCUUCUUCCGCAUGGGCGAGGACAACGUCCUCGAGGCCGAGGAGUGCAGGAUCUCCUCCAGCUGGAGACAGUGCGCGAGCGGAGACUGGGAGAUGGGCAGUUGCAUGGCCGGAUGGCAGGACUAGAGCGGGGCGCGUUGGUUCGUUUAUUGGUGUCACGAUGCAUGAAUUGUGGUUGUGUUGAGUUUCGCUGAGCGCGUGCGGCGUUGAUGAGGUAUUCUUUCUACGGGGUUUGCUUUUUGCCAUUGUAUUGUACCACGGCCUGUUCAUGAACU